AUGAGCGGCUACGCAGCCAGCAGCUACAGAGAUGAUAAUUACAAUAAUAACAACAGCUACUACAACAAAAGCAGCUACAGCAUUGGCAACUACAACAACAAUAGCAGCUACAGCAAUGACAAUUACAACAACGACAACAACAUCUCCUACCGUGAUAGCAGAUACGAGGACGACGGGUACAGACAAUCAGACUACGAUGACAAUUACGAUUCGUACAGCACACGCAGCUCAGGGUACAACAUAGUUCAACCGCCCGAACGGCCUAGGGUGGCACCAGCUCGACAGCCAACUGACCCAAGGAGACCCGGUUUACCGCCCCGUCGCUCCAGUUCUAUUCAUAGGUCGUCCAGCCAGGAUGCUCCUGGACGGCCGGCGACGCAACCUUCGCGCACGGGGAGUGUGCGCAGCAUAGCUAGUCGCAGUUAUGCUACCGAUUACAACGACAACAACUACAAUGACUACAACAAUGAAUACGACUCUGAAUAUGACCGUGAUAGAGACUAUGAUGACUCGUAUGAUCGUCGAGACAGCUAUAGGGACGGCGAGUACGAUCCACGGUACGAUGCUGAGAACUACAGGAGGCCCAGUGAUGACUACAAUAGCAGGGAUGCUUAUGAUGGAGAUGAGUAUGGUGACCACCAAUUGUCCACAGAGAAAGGUGGUCGGAGGAAACCGCCGCCUAUUCCGCCGAGGCCGGCUAAGAACAAGAUAAUGAAGCGGGCGAAAGCCUUGUACGAUUUCAAAGCAAGGGAGACGUCUGAUCUGACGUUCAAGAAGGGCGACACAUUCAUUGUUCUCAUGGCCACAUACUCGAUCGAGCACUGGUGGGUGGGCGAAAUAGACGGGAAAGUAGGCUACUUCCCUGGAAAUUAUGUUAAGGUGCUAGGACGCUCAUGAUGGAGAAAAGAACUUAUAGAAAACACUCCAACGCACGCCAGAGGGAUAGUUGGGCUCUGUUACUAGAACUUUACUGCAUUGAGAUGGUAUCAUACGCCACUUGUGGUAGACGUGAUUGUUCCCUAUUUCAAUUAGAUUAUUCGCUGCGGAAUUUUACCCCAUCACUUUCAACUAGGGCAAGGCAAGGUAAAAGCAAGAAAUCUUGUGAUUCAGCAUUGCAACAAAGAGGGUGCACUCCUUGAUUUUUUCCUGGCCAUCCAAGACGAUUUGAUGUUAUUGGGUAUUUUCUAAAUUUCAAUUCAUUCUGUUUGUCCUAAUAACCGCAAUACUACCUUGCUGUUCCUUGACUCACUUCAGCAGUGUAGUUUGCAUGCGCCGUCUCAUAGAACGUCAGUGGCCAUUUAAAAGGCUAUAUGGAAUAAUCUCGAUAUAGACAGACCACGUUUCUGUGUUUUUAUCCAAGCAAUGGAAUUAAUCCCCAAAAUGUCGAUACGCAAGAUAUAUUGAUGCUCUCUACCUGAUGUGGUUAAAAAUGGAAGUACUCCGGCUCAAACACAAAGCUCACCCUUCGGACUCUCGUACAGUCGUUUCAAAUCAGCUCGCGGCCCUGAUUCAUCAGUCUAUAGCAACAGACGGUUAUGUACAGAGUACUCAAGCUCUUUCAAUAAAGUAUCCGAGACCCUUCGAUGCCCCAUUAUUGUCCCGGCGUUCCCAUUUACAAUUCC